AUGCCUCUGCUCAUGGGUGUCGCUACAAUUGUACGCAUAGUCUAUGUUCGCCUUUCCAGAGGACCACCAAGACCAUAUCAGGAUAGUCAUGGUGGAUCAAGGUCGACCGAAGCCGAUCAUGAGGGACCCCUUGAACCAGAGCCCAUUCCCGUGGAUACACUUCUCUCAUUCCUCUUGGUGCUCUUAGACCACAGCGAUGAGAUAAAGGAUCUCGAGGAGGCACUCUGCGCCCAUUCCUUUCAGGCGGCAGUCCAGGCUAUCCAUUUGGGUGCUUCCUUUUCCUCCAAUUCCCUUCAAAUGCAUAAUAUAGCUUUGGACGGAGAUACAGAUGGUUGCCGCUUUGACGUCGACUUUCGUCAAUUUCAAACUUCGCACGCAACGCUACUUGGAUCUUUCGAGCAUUUUCAUUUCAAGCAGCACAAAGACAUCGCGAAGGAGCUCAAUUUAGCAGACGCAAUCAUAAUUGUUGCCCCAGGCCCCAUGGCCGCCAAGGAUUCAAAGUUCGAUGGCUGUUUCAUGUCAGAGGCCAACGGUCCAGGCCAAGCGCAUGCUUACGAUUGGCGGAAACUAAGGUUCUUUGCAACAUGGGUUGGACACAACAUAGGCGCACGCUAUCCAGCCGACAUGGAAAUAGCCUCUAUGCGAAGGCUAAUGAAACUUCACGUGUCCUCACUCUCUCGCCAUUCUGCUCUACAGUCUUGCUCAAAAGUGAAGGGAAUUGAGUCCGAACCCGUGCGUACCGGUAAGGAAACGGAGACUACCCUUGGGCCAGUGCUUGAGGACGACUAUAUUCAACAAUGGCAGAAUGGCACCAAGGCUCACGACAUGGACGCCUUAUCCCCGGGCGAGGUGGCGAAAUGUCUACGUGAGAUAAUGGGAGAAGCCAAUAGUACCGCGUGGCGAAUUCAGUGCUCGGCAUCAAUUGCUGCACGCUACGACUCACUACAGGUCACAACGGAGCACGAUGGACGGAUCCAGUACCUAUUCGCUUUAGAUCUCUACCAGACUAUUCCGGUCCUGCCAACUCUGUUGGGGUCUAUAAUUCAGACCAUUCGUUUCCUUGGCCCAAAACGGUGCGCUGUCUCUUUCGUCGAAGGCAGGUCUACAGAUGGCACAUACCAAGUUUUGGCGGCUCUACGGGACGAAGUGGAACGGUUGGGCGCUGUGUUCUACAUGUCCACCAGCGACGUCAGCCCGCAAGACGGAAAGCAGGAUCGAUUCGAAGGCCUAGCAUUUCUGAGGAACUUGGCGUUGGCGCCGUUGGUCAUGGAGAAAGCGAAAUUUUCGCCCGACGCGCAGGUCAUUUUCCUGAACGACGUCUACUUGUGUCCCCACGACAUUCUGGAACUGCUGUACCAGCAGAACAUGCAACAUGCGACCAUGACAUGCGGUAUGGAUUGGUCGCACGGCGGUGCCAUCUUCUACGACAUCUACGUUGCGCGCUCAAUAGUCGGCGAAACCUUCUGGCAGAUCGCACAGGAUGGCGGAUGGCAAUUUUCCGACAACCUCUUCUGGGCCGACCGACAGACGCGUGCCCAGUAUCUUCAACGCCAGCCUUUCCAGGUAUACGCAUGCUGGAACGGCGGAGCAGUCAUAUCCGCUCGACCCAUAAUGGAGCGCCGGAUUCGGUUCCGCCGAAACGUCGAGGCGGAAUGCUACAUGGGCGAACCGACGUUGUUUGCCAAGGACUUGUGGAGGCUUGGUCUGGGUCGGAUCCAAGUCGUCCCUACUGUCAACGUCGGCUACGACAAUCGAACCGACGAGGCCAAAGAUCUGCACGGUCGCGUCGAAGACCCUCUCAACAUGACUAGCGGAGAUUUGCAGACUGAGCUUGUUCAAUGGCAGGAGUCGCCGCCAAGUUUGGUCAAAUGUAUGGCGCAGUUCCAUGAGCCUUACUGGGUUCCAUCCACCUGA